GCAAAGAUUCUGGAUACGAAGGUUCUAAAUGCAAGAAUUCUGGACUUAAAGGUCCUGGUUCCGAAUAUGAAGAUUCUGACUCUGGAUGCAAGGGUUCUGGUUCUGGAUACAAGGGUUUUUGUUCUGAAUGCGAGAGUUCUGGUUCUGAAUGCGAGAGUUUUGGUACUGGAUGCAAAGAUUCUAAACCUUGA